CCUAGGUGUGACAUCGACUUUUACUUUUCGGUAUGCGGCAGUAGCCGAUAUAAGAUGCUUUUGAUUGGGAAGCUCGGCAUCCCUCCUUAGGGCGCCUGAAAGGCCACGGGUGGCCUUAAACGGCCAUGGGUGGUUUUUAAACGCCCAGCCAGGACUUUAGAACCUUGAGAAAUCCCCAACUUCGUCUCAGUUCGUCCUCUUUCAAGAUAUACUCAAAUCCCGCUAAUCCCGUUGAAUCUCUACACAAUAUGCCUCGUGAAACCAUCGAAUUCCAAACGGCCGACCAUGUCACCUUGCGAGGCUGGUUCUUCCGUCCUUCAGGGGAGGCAUCGGAAACAAAGCUGCCCUGCCUGGUUAUGUCUCAUGGAUUUUCCGCUCUGAAAGAAAUGGGAAUGGACACGUUUGCGGAAUAUUUCACUCAAAAUCUGCCCAUCAGCUGUCUAGUAUAUGAUAACCGAGGAUUUGGUGACAGUGAUACGAAGGCAGGCCAGCCGCGUCAUGAGAUCCUCCCUAGUCAACAGACAAGCGACAUAUCAGACGCCAUCACCUACGCACAAUCGCGAGCCGACGUUGAUCCCGACCGCAUUGGCAUCUGGGGAAGUUCUUACAGCGGGGGACAUGUGCUGUGGGUUGGAGCAGUUGACCGGCGAGUUAAGGUGGUGCUCUCCCAUGUGCCGUUUGCAGAUGGGUGGGCAAAUAUGAAUCGACUCAUACGGUCUGACAUGAUGGAGGGAGUAAACAAAAUGUUUCAGGAAGAUAGAUUGGCCCGAGCCGCAGGAAAGCCUGCUGCGACGAUGAAAGUGGUGGAUAGCGAUCCCUUGAAACCAUCUGCACUCCCGACUCCAGAUAGCUAUCAGUUCUUUACUGCGUGGGAAGCGAAGUCAAACUGGAAAAAUGAGAUCACUCUGAAAAGCCUCGAGGCUGCUCGUGAGUAUUUUCCUUCGGCACAUAUCCACCGGAUCGCACCAACCCCGCUGUUGAUGACUGUGGCGGAGAAUGAUGUCAUUACUCCAGUUGAUCUUGCUCUGGAGGCGUAUUCUCGGGCCCGAGAGCCAAAGAAAUUGCAGUUCUCUCCAGGAGGUCACUUUGAUGGCUACACUGGUAAAGGCUUCGAACGCAAUGCAACGGUCCAAGCAGAAUUUCUGAAAGAACAUUUGGUUGGAUAGCUUCCUGUCAUCAUAGGUUUCUUGACUGAUAUUAGUGGGAAUAUAGUGUAAUGCGUCUCUUUUGUAGAAGACCUAAGGCUCUGCUACUGAAACAACUCAGAAGGGCUGGAUAACAGAG